AUGGCGAUCAAGACUCUUCCACCACUUCCCACGUCGCGACAAGCCGUCGUCCAGUCAGCCAAGAAUCCUGGAUCUUUCGAGAUAGAAACUCGACCACUACCAGUGCCCUCGCCCACUCAAAUCCUCAUAAAAGUAGCAGCCGUCGCGUUGAAUCACUGCGAUUGGAAGAUGCCAGGCCGAGUUCCUUGUCCUGGCGCUGUUGACGGCGGAGAUUAUUCAGGAACUGUCGUCCGUCUAGGUGAGACUGCAGCUCUCACGUCCGGUCUCAAGAUCGGAGAUAGAGUUGCAGGAGCCCAAAUGGCCUCUAGCCGUCGCCGUCCUUGGGUUGGGGCGUUCACUUCGUAUAUUGUAGAGGAAGCCGAUUGUUGUUGGCUGGUACCAGAAAAUCUCUCUUGGGAGGAAGCCGCUUCAGUAGGUUGUGCGGUGACUACCGGUUUACCUGGAACGCCGGAAACGCCCAUUUUGGAUCCGAAGUUUGUUCUUGUUUAUGGGGGUGCUACUGCUAGUGGCACAUUUGCCAUUCAGCUGUCCGGUUACAGAGUCAUCACCACUUGCUCUCCUAAGAAUUUCAAACUUGUCGAAGACUAUGGUGCUGAGAAAGCCUUCGAUUAUCACUUAUCGACAUGUGGAGAAGAGAUACGUGCAUAUACGAAUAACACCUUGGAGUAUGCCCUGGAUAUCAUCACCGAAGCUCGAACUAUCCGUCAGUGCUAUGCCGCCAUUGGACGUGGAGGCGGCAAAUAUUGUGGCUUCGAACUGCUACCCGAGGAUUUAAUUGCUACAAUGCGAAAGUUUGUCAAGGCAGACUGGGUUCUCGGACUUGAGAUGACUGGACUUGAAAUCGAUCUUCCUGGAGGGUAUUAUCGCAAGGAAAAUCCAGAGUUACAUGCUUGGUUCGUCGAUUGGAUGAAACGGUAUGCGGCCUUACUUGCUGAAGAAAAGAUAAAGCCGCAUCCAAUAAAGGUGAAUAAGGGGGGUUUGCCGAAAGUGAUUGAGGGUGUUGAAGCCAUGCGGCAAAAGGAGAUUUCAGGUGUGAAGAUGGUAUAUCCGAUGUACACAUAA